AUGGACCCUCAGACUCAGGUUGAUCUAUCCAAGCUCAAUGAGGCCGACAAGAAGGAGCUGAACGUGGUCCUGGCCAACGAGGCGCAGAAGUCCAACAUCCAGCAGAUGGUCCACCAACUCAACGACGUGUGCUGGAAGAAGUGCAUCACCUCCAAGAUCUCGUCCAACACCCUUAGCAAGACCGAAGAGGCCUGCGCACAGAACUGUGUUGACCGGUGGAUGGAUACCCAGAUUGGUAUCUUGAAGCACCUGGAGGAAAUGCGCCAAUAA